CGUCUGCUAGGUGUAAGAUAAUUGACACCCAUCGCUAUACCCUCGACAGAAACAAGGCUGUGUUUCUUACUUUUUUAUUCUACACCAUUAGAGAGAAAGAAAAUGUCUCGUAUUGGACCUACUCUACCUCCCCACCUGAAAAAAGCUUACGAAAAUGACACAGAUUCGAAUUCUGAUGAUGCUGAUCUAUAUGGACCAGCACUUCCCGCCCAUUUGGGACAAUCAAAAAAUAUGCCCAACAAUGGAUUGAGGAUAUCUAGUGAAAAAAAAGCAACAAUCACUGAAGAAAGUGAGUCAACAUCCGAUGAUGAUAGAGUUAUUGGACCCUUGCCAGCAAAUUUUGGGAAUUCUGAACAUAGUUCAUUUGUUGAUGUUGAACAUAGAGCCCUUGAAAUGAAAAGGAAAUUACUUGGUGCCAAUGAAGAUGAAGAAAGCAAACAGCCUAAAAGAGAAGACUGGAUGAUUGAACUUCCAGAGCUUAAAAGGAAAAAUUUUGGGCUGGGCCCACGAGCCUUCAAUCGAUCUGAAAAGCCAGAGGUUGUUGGAAGAGAUCAAUGGACUUCAACUCCAACUACUAAGGCCAGUGUAUCCAAAGAAAAAGACAAUUUUGAUGGGGAAAUGAGGAAGCAUUACUUGGAACAAAAGAGGAAUCAGAAGCUAGAGAAAGUUGUAGCUGAGCAUGAUAAAACUAAGAGAUCUGAGAGUCUUCUGAAGAUGCAUCAAAAAGAAUUGAAAAAAAUAAAAGGCAAUCUUUCCAAACCUAGUGAAAGGAAACCUUUUGAUAGGGACGAAGAUUUAAAACUCAACAAGCUUGACGACGCAAAACGAAAAUCAUUGAUCAAAAAGUCUCAAGAAUUAAAUUCAAAAUUCAAAAUCGGAAACCAAAAGUAUCUUUAGGACACUUGCACCUUGAUCACAGCCGAUGGGCCUCCGCUGAUUUCGGAUGUUUGAAGUAUAUCGUUGUGGUAUGAAUUGUAACUCAGUUAAUUCCAAAACAUGAGUCUUUGAACCACAAGUGAAACAGAUUACUUUUGGUAGAACAUAUGGUUGGAAUUACUAGGAAGUUGUAAUUAGGAUCGUACUUUCAAACAUUUACUACCAAUUAACCAAUUAAAAGAUAAGUAUGGACUUUGCUGCUGAACCGGAAAAGAAGUUUUCAUCGUGCAGUGUCCGUUGUGAGCAUACACUUCGCGUCAAAAAAUAUUCCUAUUAGGAACGGCAAUUUUCUCCAAGUGAGGAGCAACUUGUUUUGUGAAAAAAAUUCUCUAAAUCUGCCUGUCAUCCGUAUUCGAUUUCAUUUCAAACGUCAUUACUAAACAUCUUUGUAUCUUUUGGUUUUAAAGAAUUUUCUAUUAUAAAUACAGCAAUCCUUUUUCGACAA